UUAGCUUGAAUCUGACAAGCCGUGUCGUCUGAAACCAAGCUGUCAACGCAGAAGCUGUGUUAUCAGUAUUAAAUCAAACAAUACAACACUUCAGCGUUCUCCUUAAACAUAUCCUGCAUUCAGGCAUUAUAAUCUGUCUGUUAACACAGUAGAUGAUGGGAUCUGCAGAGAGCACAACACGGAAAGUAUCUUUCGGCCUGGAUGAUGGGGACGCGGUCCGGGUUUUGCGAGGAGUGAAGCUUUCAGAGGAUGUUCUCCAAAGAAUGAGGGGUGCUAAUGAAUUUGCCAAAUCUCAGACCAAAACCACUCUUGGCAACAAAGAGAACACAGCAGAGCCACAUCUUCAGUCAUCCUCUCAACAACAGUCACAGUCACAGCCACAGCAGCCACAACAGCCACAGGCACAGCCACAACCACAACCACAGCCCCAGGCAGCCAGUGGGUCCACAGCGGCAGAGAUGAGCGAGGAGCUGAAGAGGAGGUACGAGCGUCAGCAGAGCAUCAUCCAGGAGGAGCUGGCCCGUAUCGCCCGCCGAGAGAGGGAGGCCAGCCGCCAGGACCUGAGCCGAGCCAUGCAGCGCGAGAGAGCACAGACCAGACAGGAGGCGGACAAAGCCCAGUCGCUGCUUCCUUCACAAGUUGAGGAGUGGAGCAAACAGCUUGAGAAGAAGGAGGCCGAGCUCACAGCCUUAGAUGCCUUCUACAAGGAGCAGAUCGCACAACUGGAAAAGAGGAAUGUGGAGCGGUACAAGGCCACCCAUGAGCAGUUCCAUUCGGCUGCCACCCUGUCAGAGUCCCACGUGAGGCCUCGUAACACAGAGGCUGUGUGCACCAGCCUCCAAUCCCAGAUCCUGCACUGCUACAGGGAGAACCGGGACCAGACCCUCCGCUGCUCCGACCUGGCCAAGGAGUACAUGCAGUGCAUUGAUGCAGCUAAAAAGAACUUGUUGGUGAACCACGGCUGAAGAGGAUCACUCCAGCCAGCUGACCAGCCAGCAAAACCUGCCAUCGCUCACACACUUCCUCAUCCAUGCACUGGGGGCAUAGGGGGGCUUUGCCACAUUAACGCCUUCAGCUAUUGUUUCUUUUUUUUUUUCAUUUUUAUUAAACCAUAGUAUCUUAAUUUUAUGAAGUUGCACUAAAGAAGGCUACAUUCAGAAGGCUUUAAGAAAAUAUUAAGUACAUGUAUGUGAGAGUGGGUAGCAAAUGGAUUUUUAAGUGAGACGCUUGGGUUUGUUUUUAUAAAAGUAUAUUUACUCAGGAAGUCCUGGAAUUUAUUCAUCAGGAUCAUAUGUAUGCGUUGCUUUGUAUUAAACCAUAUCCUCUCAUGCAAUACCCA